AUGCCAAAUAAUAUAAGCGAUAUCAAUAAUCUAUUGGAUUCUUUGUAUUUGGAGCUCCUAAAUUUAAUUGAACAACACACAGAAUGUCGCAUAAAUAUUGAACGUACAAGUAAUUCUGGACAAUUGCUUUUAGCCAAAACCAGAUAUAAUCAAGGUUCCAAUGCAAUAAGUACAGCACAAAUCCCAACAGAAAACAGUGAAGACUUUAAAGCUCUAUGCUAUGUGGAAAAGGAGGAUAGUACUGAAAACACAAUUGCUGGCGAGAGAAAACAUUUAAUAAGACAUAAAGUGGAAAAAAGUCAAGGAUUUGUGGAACCAUUACAUUGGUUUGCAGCAUUACCACCCAUGACUUUACGCAAUGCUGCUGAACAUUUUAAGAAAUCCGUUGAAUUGGUUGUCGAAGCGGCAAAUAUACAAACGGAAUUAUUAGCUGUUAUGGAUAGAAUAGAUAGUUUAAAACAAAUUAAGAAACAACUGGUGCAUUGA